AUAAAAUAUAGAUAAUCAAUAUUUAAUAUUCAAGAUGAAUGUGGAUCUUAUGCAAAUGACAAACUCUUUUGAUCAGGCCAGUAUAUCGGCAAGUCGAGAACAUGCAAUGGCAAUUACAAGAGACUACAAUUCUCAACCAAGGCUCACAUAUCGAACUGUCUCUGGUGUCAAUGGGCCAUUAGUAAUCUUGGAAAAAGUGAAAUUCGCAAAAUAUGCUGAAAUUGUAACCCUGACAUUGGCUGAUGGAAGUCAAAGAGUUGGACAAGUUUUGGAAGUCAGUGGGGAUAAAGCUGUUGUGCAGGUAUUUGAAGGGACACCAGGGAUUGAUGCAAAACACACAACAUGUGAAUUUACUGGAGAUAUUUUGAGAAUAGCAACUUCUGAAGACAUGUUAGGUCGAAUCUUCAAUGGUUCAGGAAAACCUAUAGAUAAAGGGCCCCCUGUCCUACCAGAAGAUUAUCUUGAUAUCAAUGGCCAACCUAUUAAUCCAGAGUCGAGAAUUUACCCAGAAGAAAUGAUCCAAACUGGAAUAUCUGCAAUUGAUGUUAUGAACAGUAUUGCUCGUGGACAAAAGAUUCCUAUUUUUUCUGCAAAUGGUCUCCCUCACAAUGAGAUUGCUGCUCAGAUUUGUCGACAGGGAGGUCUUGUAAAAUUACCAGACAAAGGCGUUCUAGAUGGACAUGAAGACAACUUUGCUAUUGUAUUUGCAGCUAUGGGAGUAAACAUGGAAACUGCCAGAUUCUUCAAAUCUGAUUUUGAACAACAUGGAUCUAUGGACAACGUCUGUCUGUUCUUGAAUCUUGCAAACGAUCCAACUAUCGAGAGAAUUAUCACACCACGUCUUGCUUUAACGACUGCAGAAUUUCUAGCUUAUCAAUGUGAAAAACAUGUACUCGUUAUUCUAACUGAUAUGAGCGCUUAUGCAAAUGCUCUCAGAGAGGUUUCAGCCGCUCGUGAAGAAGUACCAGGUCGCCGAGGUUUCCCAGGUUACAUGUACACAGAUUUAGCAACAAUAUAUGAACGAGCAGGCAGAGUUGCUGGAAGAAAUGGAUCCAUCACACAGAUUCCUAUUCUAACUAUGCCUAAUGAUGAUAUUACGCAUCCUAUUCCCGACUUGACUGGCUACAUCACAGAGGGUCAGAUAUACAUUGACAGACAACUACAUAACAGACAAGUGUAUCCUCCAAUCAAUGUACUGCCUUCACUCUCUCGUCUGAUGAAAUCUGCCAUUGGGGAGGGAAUGACAAGAAAAGAUCAUUCUGAUGUUUCUAAUCAACUGUAUGCAAACUACGCCAUUGGUAAAGAUGUUCAAGCAAUGAAAGCAGUAGUGGGAGAAGAAGCCUUGUCACAAGAUGAUUUGUUGUAUCUUGAAUUCUUGGGCAAAUUUGAAAAGAAUUUUAUUUCUCAAGGUCCCUAUGAGAACCGCAGUGUAUUUGACUCUCUUGACAUUGGUUGGGAAUUGUUGCGAAUCUUCCCGAAAGAAAUGUUGAAACGUAUACCACGAGAUGUCCUCGCUGAGCACUAUCCAAGAAAGAAAGUUCAAGCACCUACUGCCGGUGCAACUGGAGGAGCAAGCAGCAGCAAAUAAUGAUUUACACUGACUUCAUAAAACAGGCAUUUCAGCAAAGAAUUAUUUUGGGUCAUUGGUUUUCAGGCUCUAAGGGGGGUUGUGGAUUUAUGCGAGAAAAUGGGGGUGGGGCUUGUGAAAUUUUGAGGUUACAAAUUUGGAUAUUUGUUUACUCCGAAUAGUUGAGCCUUGAAUUGGCUUUCUUGGGGGUAGAUGUAGGGAGAGGGGUUGUAAAAUGAAAUUAGACAUUCUAAUAGAAGAAUAGAAUAGAACUCUUAUGAAACUUCACCACUGCUUGUUCUGUCCGUUUAGGAAAUUCUGAAUCUCAAGGUAUAAUUUUAAUUCAUAUUCUGACUUUUGAAAUGUGUCUACUCAAAUUUUGGCACCUUCAAAGUGUGUAAGAAUAGAAAUACCUCCCGAAGUAUGUGCACCAAGAUGGCGCACAACCUGAACAUUGUAUGUGUACCAGGUUAGGGUUCAGGUUGUGUGCUAUCGUGGUGAACUUAUAUCGGGAGCGCCGAAUACAAUAUGCCUCUGCAACUUAUCUUUCUCAACAAUCUAAAGCUUACUUUCCAUUAGGAACACCCAAUGUUAAUCUAGCUAAUGUUAAUAUGAUUGGACCCCUGUCCCUAGCCCAAUUCAAGCAUUAAAAAAGGAAAGACAGCAUUGGUACUUGGUAUUGUUCCCACUAGUUUUGGAGUCCGAAUUGUACCCCAGCCAGAUUCAGAACAUGCCAGUCUAAUUAUCCACGACCCUGCCAACAUAUGAACAACACUCUGUGGACAGGUGUCUGUCUCAAUAUACAUGUUGUAUUUAUCCAAUAUUGCUGUUUUCAUUUGCUGAAAUGUCCUGAUACUCUUGUGUGCUCCAUAGUUCAAUGAAGAAAUUAUAUUUAUAUUCCUAUUUUUAUUAUUCCUGUGUAUAAAUUAUGUUUUUGUCUUGAUUAUCUGAGAACCUCUACAUUUCGUUUGCAUAUUCUUGUGUUUUGUUUCAAUCCUAAUCGCUACUUUUUCUAGCAUAAUAUGAAAUCUGGAGGAGAAUUCUACCAAUAUAGGCCCUGGACGUUGAAAUACUAUGUAGGCCACUGGUUCAUAACAAGUGGGCCAUGGCCCACUUCUGGGCGCUUCAGAAGUGUGUGUACUAAUAUGGAGCUACCGGUAACUAAUUUUGUUUGCCUAUUUUACAUCAAGUUCCGUAAUGGGACUGUAACUUAGGGAGGGAGUAUAUUCACUGAGCUAGUACAGACUUUCCCUGAACUUGUAAUAGAACUAAAAUAAGGAAAAUCUGAAUAAAAUUUUGGCCUAGCCUUAACUUUGUACACAUACUAUGAGAGUGUCCACUUCUAAACCACAGAAACAUAUUCAGGUGGAUCACAAACAUAGUAAAUUCGCUGCUAUAGUUAUUGAUAAUUGGUUAAACUUUGAAUGAUGUUGCUGUUUUUGCUACUGAGUGGUGAUCCCGAUUUAAAUUGUUAAAGUGGAAGUGUUUAUCUUUACAAAAUGAAGUAGUCCUGUAGUUCUUCCCUUUUCUAAUAAAGGGCCACUAAAAAAAAGGUUGAGAACCACUGGUAUAGGCAUUCAAUCUGAUAUUUGGUCUCGUUUUUUUGCCUUGAAUAAAAAGGGAUUACUGGG